UACAGGAUGAAUAACGUUAACGUUGGCAGUGCCGGAAUUUUAUACUACAAUUGACAAUCGAUUCAGUCGAGAUUCUUCCCGCUAUUUCGCGCCCAGUCGGUCGUUUGAGCUUCUACCUUUAGCCGUCUACAGCCCCGGAGACCCGAUAAAUUUCAAUUGCUGUUUGUUACUUUGUCAAAAUGCCUGCUGUUUUUAGUAAACAAAAAGGUAAGUCGAUAUUUUGCCUUUUCUCUCGUUGUUUUAGUAAUUCCUCUACUCCUUGGCCUUCUUCUGUGUAAGCCGGCAAGAGGAAUAGAGGUUAUGACUCUUGGAUAUGUUUAAAUUGUCCUCUCUUGAUCUCUCGUUUAAUUGUCAAGAUUUGUAGGCCUAUUUAAUGCCAAGUUUACUAACUACUGCUUUUGUCCUUCAAUCUAGGACCUGACCCAGGACCUCCUAAUAUUAGUGUGGGUGCUGCUUAUUCCUCCUUUAAAGAUGUUGAAAAGGCCAUGGCAAGGUAUUCCUUGAUCAAUAGUGUGCCUUAUGUCGUCAAUGGCAGCAAAUUGGUUCUUACCCACAACAAGCAAAAAGGUACAAACUUUCCUGCAUCCUUGAAGUAUUUUAGAGUAAAGUUCACAUGUAAGCAUUUUGGUGACCAACGGCCUAGCAGUAAAGGGAUUCGUCCCAACCAGAAGUAAGUUUCUGCAUUUGCAAAUUUUACUUCCAGUGGUAUUGUUUAGAUCCAUUUUAGAACACAUUUAAUUUAUUCUGGGUAUGUCUUUGUAGCUCAUUCAAACAAAACUGUCCUGCUCUGGUGAUUCUACAAAUCAAUGAGCAAACUCAGCUACUGACCGUUAACAAAAUUGUUUCUCAACAUGUACAUAUUCAUGAAACGGAUCCUGAAGACUACCCAAACUAUCCUGAGAAUAGAAGAAAAAAUUUAGAUCAGGAAUUACUUGAAGAAAUUGAGAAUUUAUUAGGGCUGAAUGUUGAAACCACCAGACUCUUAGAUUAUUUACAAAAUUUCAAAAACAAAUUAUUUACACCACAGGAUGUAGCUAACAUUAAGUAAGUUUUACUGCAAUGCAGGAAUCGCUUUUCCUUUUCAACUAAUUUUUAAAUUUGCCUUUCUCUAUAAUCUUGAUUUUUUUCCACAGAGCCAAGUUAAAGCGAUCCCAAAACAAUGGGAGGACUGAUUCGGAAGAAUUUUUUGACGAGCUGGAAACCUUGCUUCAAAAUGAUCCUGGAUCCAAAGUUGUUUUCGGUGUUGAACCUGUUGAGCCGAUGGAAGGUGAAGAAGAUGUAGAUGAUGAUCUCUCUCCAGAUGCAAGUCAAGAAAAAUCCCAUCAACAAAAAUCUCGUCUUAAUUAUGUUUACUUUCACACCUCGGAGAUGGGGAAAACAUUCGAAAAGUAUUCAGAUGUUUUGAUAGCUGACUCCACAUACUGUACCAACAAAUAUGACAUGCCCUUGAUGGUGUUUUUGUGUCUGGAUGCAUACGGCAAUGGAAGAGUGGUGGGUUACUGCCUUCUGAGGGAUGAAUCCAAAGAAAAUGUGAAAAAUGCUGUUGAUGCGUUCUGCAAAUCUCAUCCCACAGCUCAAGGCAAUGUGAAAACUGUCUUGGUUGAUAAAGAUUAUAAUGAGCGUGAAGCUAUCAGGCAGUAUUUUCCCAAUGCAAUUAUCCACAUCUGUCUAUUCCACACCUUGCAAAUCUUCAACAGGCAAACCAAGGAUGAGUGUGACCGUGAAAAUCUUCGGGUCAUUCUGGAGGGUUUGGCAUACUGUUCAACCAAAGAAUGUUACUUUGAACUAUAUGACAAGUUGAAGUGCGUCGCAUCAAAAAAUUUCUUCAAAUACUUCAAUGACAACUGGCACAACUGCCGAGAAUGCUGGACUAUGUUUGAUCGUGAUUUGUCUCUCAACUGUGGGCAGACUACAACAAAUAUGGCAGAGAGCCAUAACCAAAAAAUCAAAGCAAUUCUAAAGAAGAAGAGACCUAGUAUGGUGGAGUUGCUACGGAAUCUACUUUUGUUACACACUUCCAAAACGUCCCGGGUUUCCAUGAAUACAUUUAAUGGCAAAGUCAAGAUACGAUAUAUCACCAAUAAUGAUGACCCGAUCGUUCAACAAAUUGCAAACUCUACAACGCCAUUUGUUGGUGGUCUCCUGCAAACUCAAUACAACUGGGCUAUGGAAAAGGCUUCCAUACCGGAUGCUCUCCCAUCUGGAUUUGAUUAUUCCAGCUGCACUUGCAGAUUUUUCACAUCGUUUCAGUUGCCCUGUAGCCACAUCUUUUUGGGUCGAUUGAGAGAUGGUAGGUGUUUCCUAAAUAUGCACUUAAGGUCUGAACUGAUUUAAAAUCUAUUAACAUUACUGCUCUUCUUUUAUUGUAACAGGUGUUGAAAUAUUUGAUGCUGCAACUAUACCAGAUAGGUGGCAAAAAGAUAGUUCAUCUGGCAUCAAAAAUUUCAUUGAUGAAGACAAUACUGAUUCACUUGCCCUUUACAUCACAAAUCCAUUAAAGGUUAAAAAGACACCUCUUUCUGAAAACAAACGUUUUCAUCUUGUUGUGGAAUACACCACACGCCUAUUGCAGAUUGUUAAGACUUGUGGUGGUGAACAGUUUGCCAAAAGACAAGCUGCCCUUGAAAAGAUAACAAGAAUCUGGGCCAGAGGGAAAGAAAUACGAGUGCUUGAAGAGGGGACUGAAGGAUUUCUUUACGGUAUUUAUUUGUCAAAAUUUGACAAAUUUUGAAAAAUGUGUCCAUUUUUAUCUCAUUUUAUUUUAUUUUUCUUCAGAGAAUGUUAAUCUUGUUGAUGAAGGAACUGCAAAUGCAGAUGAUCAGACUGAAAAUGUAAGCACUGAGUCUGGCCUUUGUCAAAAUUUGGACGUGGCUAACAAUAACCCACCUCAGCAUGAAAAUUUGAACUCAGUUGAAACUAACCAAAACAUCAAUCAUAAUGUAAACUCUUCUACUGGCUCUAAAAAUCAAAAAAUUACAUCAGGAGACCAGUACAAACACCUAAACCCUGGCAUGAGGAGCCAAUUGACCCUACCUGUGGGUCAUGUACCCAAGGGAAGGCCAAAAGGCAAAGAAAAACAGUCAGUUAUUGGUCUCAAGAAGCAGCAAGGUUCGUUUUUCCAAUUUGUCUUGCUCCGUUUGUGUGCUGGUAUAAUGUACAAACAUUUAUUUUUCCUCGUAUUUUCCUUAGGAAAAAAAAAUCAAGUGUCUAAAGCCAAAGCUAGUCAAAGUAAGUUAUGUUUUUAAAUAAGAUCAACUAAGAUGGUAACAUUACGACCCUCCCUACGAACAAGUGGCUAUCUUUUUGGGCGUUGCAGACAAAAGGCUAUCUUUUUGAGCUUGGCAGACAAACGGCUAUCUGCUUUUCUUUGAGGUUAGGGUUGUCCACGUUUAUAUUGAAUAACUCCCGAAGCAAGAGACAUAAAAUUACCGUGUAAGAAAUUUCGUGCUCUGACAACAGCAAAGAACAGUUGGUUAAACACUCAUAGUGUUUCAUAACCUCUACUGUGAGAUAUUAGAACCCAAAGUCGCGAGGUGGGAAAAGCAGUUAGCCGUUUGUCUGCCCAGCUCAAAAAGAUAGCCUUUUGUCUGCCACGCCCAAAAAGAUAGCCACUUGUACGUAGGGAGGGUCGAUUAAUGUUUUCUUUUUAAAAGAGCAUCAUAUGUAUUUAUUUUUACAGCAGAAAGAUUUUGCUUAUUGCUUUAGAAACAGUGAAAUUUUGCUGCUAAAGUUUCUAUGUAUUUGUCUACAGGUUUGAUGGACACCAGUUCUGAACCGGAUAAGCUGUGUCAUUGCGUCGAUAAAUCUGCUGCUGUCAGACAAAAGUGCACUAAUAAUGGUCCGAAUCAUGGAAGAUAUUUC